CUUGCGAGGUUCUCAUCUACUUCUGCAACUGCCGAUAAAGCAUAAAUAAGAACGGAGAGGAGUAAAAAUUAUCUCAAAAAGGAACACAGAGGAUAAACAUAAUAUAAAAAUUGAAAAUUAUGUUCAAACAUGAGUGAAAACACACUUGAGUUAUCAGACAUUCAAGAAGCGAAUGACCAUGAAGAUUAUGGAAUCUACAAAAAAUACGUCAGCAUAUGGGAACAGCCAAAUGCGUUGGACGUUCUGUUGGACGUAGUUGGAUCAGAGGAAUUCAUCUACAAGCUAACGAGUUCGAGUUUCAAAAAGAAGCUUGUUUGGGAGCAAAUAGCGGCGAAGAUAGAAUCUCAAGGAAUAUUGUUGGGUGAGAAUCCAUGUAAAGUAGCCUACCAGAAGUGGUUAAGUUUGAAAAAGACUUUUAUCAGCGUGUUGAAUAAAAAGAGUGGAAAAACUCCGCCAUGGUUUGGUAAACUUAGUGAAAUAUUUGAAAAAUCAGAGGGUAAACUGUUAGGAAGCGUAAGUUUUCAAGGUGACGAAGAAGUGGAACAAGUAGAAACACGGGGGCCAAAAUCGAAAAAAAUGAAGCAAGAAUAUUUGCCAGUAGCUGAAGAGGAUGAUGUUAAAGAGGGGAUUCAAAUAGAUCCUGGACAGUAUAUCGUUGAAGAAGUUGGACAAGUGACUUACGCCGAUGUUAUUGCAAUAAUGCAGCAACUAGAGUUGGAACGAAAAGAAAGGGAAGAGGCAAGGGAGCAAAGAGAAAAAGAAAGAUUUGAUAAAUUGGCUGAUCUGAUCAGGCAACAAAACACUCUCACUGAGAAACUGAUAACAAUAUUAAGCAAACCAUCCACAAAUGUAGAACCUACAGAAAAUCAGUCUGUGCUACCGAUGGAUUCAGUAUGUAUCAUCGCAACUGAGGAUAUUCAACAAUAUUUUUGCAAUGCUUUUGAAUGAUGUGCCUAAUGCUGUUGACCUAAUGCAUGAGGUUUUAUCAGAGUUUUGUAAGAUUGUAACAAACUAAUGUAACUUACACCAAAAUUGAUUAUUCCAUUAUUGUGUUUCACCCUAAAGAUUCUCAAAAUCUUCGGAAAGAUUUUCUAAAUCAGCUAUUUUUCUGUAUUCGAAUAAAGAUUUCCACUUUGAAU